GUGGGUAUUAUGCGGGAGUGAGAUUGCUGAGGUGGGUGUGAAUUUGUUUCUGAGGAGGAUGAUAAUCAAGAAGAAUUUGAAAUCGCAAAUGCCGAGUCUGAAACGGUGCAAAUUCGGUGAUUCGGAGGAGGACGAGAGCUCGGGGAGGAAGAAGAGGAGGACUAAUGGGUACUACCCGCUCAAUUUGCUCGGCGAGGUGGCGGCGGGGAUUAUUCCGGUGAGCUUCAGGGGCUUGCUUGGGUCGGUUGCUGCGGCGGAGAAGGGAGGAGGGUUUUCGUGGUGCACUGAAGUGUCGUGCUCGCCGCCUCCGGAGGAGGAGGCGGAGUCGAAAUCAAAGGUAUGCAAAUCCGCAAAAGGAAAGGCUGAGGUUUCGCGGCCGCCGCUGGUGAGGACGUCGAGGGGACGUGUUCAGGUACUGCCUUCUCGGUUUAAUGACUCGGUUAUUGAGAAUUGGAAGAAAGAGAGUAAGACUAUUUUGCGUGGUGAUAGUAAUGUUGAAGAUGAGAAGCCUAGCUUGAAACCCCAGAAAAAUGGAAAGAAGCUAGGGAAUAAUGUGUAUGGCUCGAAGAAGUAUUCGGGUUUGUGUGAGGAAGAAGAGGAGGAGGAGGAAGAAGAGGAGGAAGAUGAAGAUGGGUAUGUGCCGUUUAAGAGUUAUAACAUGAGGAAGUAUAACUCCAGCUCACGUAGCACACUCACUUCAGUGCAUGAGCAUUUGGUUGAAGAUGACAAGUGUGCGGUUGUGGAGAUUAUUGAAGAAGAAGAAGAAGAAGAUGAUUUAGAGGGUGCAGUGAGGAUUUCAAAUCAGAGGACAGAUGGGUUGUAUGGACCGGAGGACUUUUAUUCCGGUGAUAUAGUGUGGGCAAAGCCAGGGAAAAAGGAGCCCUUUUGGCCUGCCAUUGUUAUUGAUCCAAUGACACAAGCGCCGGAGCUGGUUUUGAGGGCUUGCAUACCUGAUGCAGCUUGUGUCAUGUUUUUCGGUUACUCUGGGAAUGAGAACCAAAGGGAUUAUGCCUGGGUUAAAAGGGGAUCACUUUUUCCAUUUAUGGAUUAUAUAGACAGGUUUCAAGAGCAGACUGAACUGGGCAACUGCAAGCCCUGUGAUUUCCAGAUGGCAACUGAGGAGGCAUUUUUGGUGGAUCAAGGGUUUACCGAGAAGUUGAUAGCAGAUAUAAACAUGGCAGCUGGGAACCCAGUGUAUGAUGAAUCCGUACUUAGAGGAGUUCAAGAGGCUACUGGUUCAAAUCAUGAUCUCGACUAUCAGUUUGUGGACCAGGACAUCUAUCGGAAGAAGAAAGAUGCAAGAGUCUGUGAAGGCUGUGGCUCGGAUCUUAGAAUGCCAAAGAAAAUGAAGGUUUCAACUUCUGGAGGGCAAUUCCUUUGUAAAUCAUGUGCUAAGUUAACAAAACAUGUUUGUGGCAUAUGCAAGAAGUGGAAUCAGCCUGACAGUGGAAGUUGGGUCCGGUGUGAUGGUUGCAGAGUAUGGGUGCAUGCAGAAUGUGAUAGAAUUAACACCAAUUAUUAUAAGAAUUUGGGGGGCACUGAUUAUUUCUGCCCUCCUUGCAAAGUAAAGUUUAACUUUGAAUUGUCAGAUUCUGAAAAGGAGCAACCAAAAGUCAAGUGUAGAUCUACUAAAAAUGAGGCACAACUGGUGCUGCCUAACAAGGUUACUGUUCUCUGUAACGGUGUGGAAGGCAUAUAUUUUCCAAGUCUUCACUCUGUUGUGUGCAAGUGUGGGUACUGUGGGACAGAAAAGCAAGCGCUUAGUGAAUGGGAGCGACACACAGGUUCCAAGUCCAGAAAUUGGAGGACUAGUGUCAGAGUUAAAGGCUCCUUAUUGGCACUGGAACAAUGGAUGCUGCAGUUAGCAGAGUUUCAUGAAAAUGCUCUUGUGUCUGUUAAACCACCUAAACGACCUUCUAUUAAAGAACGGAAGCAAAAAUUGCUCACUUUUUUGCAAGAAAAGUAUGAACCCGUUUAUGCGAAGUGGACAACAGAGCGAUGUGCUGUAUGUAGAUGGGUUGAAGACUGGGACUACAACAAAAUCAUCAUAUGCAACAGAUGUCAAAUAGCUGUUCAUCAAGAAUGCUAUGGAGCAAGACAUGUCCGGGAUUUCACUUCAUGGGUUUGCAAAGCAUGUGAAACUCCUGAAGUCAAGAGAGAAUGUUGCCUCUGUCCUGUUAAAGGAGGUGCUUUAAAGCCAACUGAUAUUGAGACAUUGUGGGUUCAUAUUACAUGCGCUUGGUUCAGACCUGAAGUGUCGUUUGCAAGUGAUGAGAAGAUGGAGCCUGCUCUUGGUAUCUUGAGUAUUCCAUCAAAUUCUUUUGUCAAGAUUUGUGUAAUCUGUAAGCAAAUUCAUGGUUCAUGCACACAAUGUAGCAGGUGCUCCACUUAUUACCAUGCAAUGUGUGCAUCCAGGGCAGGGUACCGCAUGGAGUUGCACUCUUUAGAGAAAAAUGGGAAACAGAUUACAAAAAUGGUUUCCUAUUGCGCUUAUCACAGGGCUCCAAAUCCAGAUACGGUCUUAAUUAUACAGACUCCUCUAGGAGUGUUUUCAGCCAAAAGCCUUCUCCAAAGUAAGAAGAGGCCUGGUUCAAGGCUAAUUUCAUCUAAUAGAAUAAAGUUGGAAGAGGUUCCAACUGUUGAAACGACUGAACCUGAGCCAGUAUCUUCUGCAAGGUGCCGAAUAUUUAAAAGAUUGAAAGAUAGUAGGAAGAGAACAGAAGAAGAAGCUGUUGCCCACCAAGUGAUGGGACAUUCCCAUCAUCCCUUGGAAGCAAUUCGAAGUUUGAACAAAUUCAGAGUAGUAGAGGAACCUCUAACUUUUUCAUCUUUUAGAGAACGGCUUUACCAUUUACAGAGAACCGAAAAAGAUCGUGUUUGCUUUGGCAGAUCCGGGAUACAUGGAUGGGGUCUCUUUGCACGUAGAAACAUUCAAGAAGGAGAAAUGGUCCUUGAAUACCGUGGUGAACAGGUGAGGCGUAGUAUUGCAGAUUUGAGGGAGGCACGAUAUAGAUCUGAAGGCAAAGACUGUUACCUUUUUAAGAUUAGCGAAGAAGUGGUAGUAGAUGCCACCGAUAAAGGAAAUAUAGCACGGCUGAUCAAUCAUUCGUGCAUGCCCAAUUGUUAUGCGAGGAUCAUGAGUGUUGGUGAUGAGGAAAGCCGGAUUGUACUUAUUGCAAAGACUAAUGUAUCUGCGGGUGACGAGCUAACGUAUGAUUACUUGUUUGAUCCAAAUGAGCCUGAUGAAUUCAAAGUUCCUUGUCUAUGUAAAGCUCCCAACUGCCGGAAAUUCAUGAAUUAGAGGAAGGACGAUGAUGAUAUAGAUGCACUUUUCUUGCACUUGCACAGCCAUUGUUUCUCCGCGAAGAACAAACACUAACCCAUUCCCCUACCCUGCGGGAUCUCACAGUUCAUAUACCGAAUUUGUAUUUUUUCCAAGAAAAAGAAAAAAAAGGAAGAAAAGUAGUACUGUUUUGCUUUCUGUUUAUAUAUUUUUGUGCGGACAAACUUCUAAGCUUAAUAAAAGCUAUAGUUUUGCCGGCUUUUUGGUUU